AUGCUUUAUCCGAAGGAUCGUCGUUUGUUGGUGUACCCUUCACUUAUUGUGUACUUUAUCCUGCUUUGGAUUGUGUGUCUGAGCUUAAAUGGAGAAAGGCAGGUAGGGAUAUGGACAAGGACAUACCCAUCUGGGUGUGCAAGAAGUUUGUCCGAGUUAUCGCUCUUUUCAGAUGAUUUUACAUUCAAUGAAAACCAGGACACGAAUAAAAAUCACAACAAUUCCAGAAAUGGCCAGGGUAACAUAACGCACGAAGGACAUCCACGUGUAGGGAUACAUGCAAUGGGCAGCAGGUACGAUAGGAAUGUGCCUGACUGGUCCGAUGAAAGUCUGUUUGACAAGUCCGAUAGGAAUCUGAUUGAUAGGUCCAAUAGGAAUCCCCUUGAUAAGUUUGAUAGAAAUCUGCUUGACAGGUCUGACAGAAAUCUGCUUGACAGGUCCGACAGAAAUCUUCUUGACAGGUCCGACAGAAAUCUUCUUGACAGGUCCGACAGAAAUCUUCUUGACAGAUCCGACAGAAAUCUGCUUGACAGGUCCGACAGAAAUCUGCUUGACAGGUCCGACAGAAAUCUUCUUGACAGGUCCGACAGAAAUCUUCUUGACAGGUCCGACAGAAAUCUUCUUGACAGGUCCGAUGAUAAUUUGCUCGACAAGUCCGAUGAAAGUCUGUUCGACAAGUCCGAUAGGAAUUUGGUUGAUAGAUCUGAUGAUAAUUUGCUUGACAAGUCCGAUAGGAAUCUGAUUGACAGGUACGAUCGGAAUGUCAUUGACAAGUUCGAUAGGAAUGUGCUUGAUAAGUUCGAUAGGAAUGUGCUUGAUAAGUUCGAUAGGAAUGUGGUUGACAAGUUCAAUAGGAAUGUGGUUGACAAGUUCAAUAGGAAUGUGGUUGACAAGUUCGAUAGGAAUGUGGUUGACAAAUUCAAUAGGAAUGUGGUUGACAAGUUCGAUAGGAAUGUACUUGACAAGUUCGAUAGGAAUGUGGUUGACAGGUUCAAUAGGAAUGUGGUUGACAGGUUCAAUAGGAAUGUGGUUGACAAGUUCAACAGGAAUGUGGUUGACAAGUUCGAUAGGAAUGUGCUCGAUAGGUACAAUAGGAAUGUGCUUGACAGGUCCGAUGAUAAUUUGCUUGACAGGUCCGAUAGAAAUAUGAUUGACAGGUCCGAUAGAAAUAUGAUUGACAGGUCCGAUAGGAAUAUGAUUGACAGGUCCGAUAGGAAUAUGAUUGACAGGUCCAAUGAGAAUUUUCUUGGCAAGACGGAUGAAAAUUUUUUUGGGAAGUCCGAUGAAAAAUUUCUCGGCAAGUCCGAUAGGAAUGUACUUGAUAGGUACGAUAGGAAUCUGCUUGACAGAUCCGAUGAUAAGUUGCUUGACAAGUCCGAUGAAAGUCUGUUCGACAAGUCCGAUAGGAAGUUGGUUGAUAGAUCCGAUGAGAAAAAUGAUAGAAUGCCUCACUCGAGACCAAGUCAUGAAGCAUAUGCAGGAGAAUACUGCGGAACUGUUCACUCCAGUUGGAGGAACCUUAUCCGACGAAAGUACAGGUCAAGGCUGCCAUACGGUUGCACCUAUCAUGACAUUUCGAGGAAUCUCAUGGAUGAAGAUAUAUUAAAAAUGCCGCAGGAAUUAUUUUUUUGGUUUAAUAAAAGAAAGGCAUUUAUUUCUUACUUUUACUAUGGGAUAUACUUAGAAAGGAAGUACUACGUCAUGGUGAAUAAUCUGAAAGCAUGGUUUUCCACCGUAGCAGAAGCCAAUAAUUUGCCAGAUGAUUACAAGUUAAAAUGGUGGGAAGAAUGCAACAAAGAGCUCAUGUACGAUUUGGAAUGCAUCCAGAGGACAUGUGAUAAUUUCUUCCGCAACUUUGCUUGUAGGAACACAGGAAGAUAUGUAUGGGCCAUGUCAUUUGAAAAUCUACUGCAUCGUCUUCGGAAGUUAACACAUGGAAGUAUUAACCGAAACAAGGAGAAAUGGACUAAUAUUUUGGCACAUAAAGUGAAAAGCUAUAAAAGGAGGGAAAAGAGGAAGCAUAAUAAAAAAUGA